AUGCUCCACGAUAUAUUAUACAUGUUGCUCGUUUCCGCGGUGACGACGACGAACGCGGAGGCGAUCGAUGAAGUGGCGAGUUGCGCGUACAAUUCGAACCAUAGGAAAAGCAUUUUGACGGACCUUCUACAGGACUAUGACAAAACAAUGGUGCCGUCGAAUAAUUCGGUGCAGGUGAGCGUUGAGCUCACCGUUCAGGAUAUCUCGUCGAUUUCCGAAAUUUCGAGCUCGUUUAUUGCCGACGUGUGGUUUAGUCAGGUGUGGGAGGACCCGCGAUUGGACUAUCGGAACAUCUCGUGCAAGGCGAAUCUCUCUUUGGACAGCUAUGUCAGCGAGCGACUCUGGACGCCGAACGUGUGUUUCGUCAAUAGCAAAUCGACGCAGGUCCACAAAUCGCCGGCAUCAAAUAUUUUGUUGAUUAUUUAUCCGAAUGGCACCGUUUGGCUCAACUAUCGGGUCCAAGUGUCGGCGCCGUGCUCGUUCGAGCUCUCGCGAUUCCCGAUCGACGCCCAAGAAUGCCAUCUCGUCUUCGAGUCCUACUCAUAUAAUGUGGCCGAGGUCCGUCUCAACUGGCAACAAUGGGCGCCGGUGACAAUGCCGCCGCCGGAGGACUUUCGCCUACCCGACUUUCAAUUCUACAACGUGACGUGGGGAAAAACGUCGAACGAGUACACGGCUGGAAUGUGGGACCAGUUGAAAGUCACAUUUCGAUUCAAACGCUUGUACGGCUACUAUGUGCUCCAAAUGUACCUGCCGACGUACUUGUCGGUGUUCAUCUCGUGGAUCGCGUUCUGGAUUGAUACGCGCGCGCUUCCGGCGCGCAUCACCCUCGGCGUCUCAUCGCUGAUGGCGUUGACGUUCCAAUUCGGCAACAUCGUCAAAAAUCUGCCGCGCGUCUCGUUCGUCAAAGCCAUCGACUUGUGGUUCUUCGUGUGCGUCGCCUUCAUUUUCUUCUCGCUCGUCGAGCUCGCCGUCGUCGGUUUCGUCGACAAAAUCACCGAGAUCAAGCGACGCUCGCGACGCAUCAAAUUUCAGCGGGCCAUCGCGACGGGAACCAUCAAAAAAAAAUACUCGUUUAAUGCCAAAUGCGCUUCGACGCGAUAUUCAAUGAAUAAUAAUGAUGAUGAUGAGCUCUAUAAUAUGAGCGGAGAUCAAAACGGGAAUUCGCACAGCUGGAAAAACAAUAGCUCCCGCGAGAUGUCCGCAGACAUGGGCGCUAGAGUUGACUCAUUCGCCGCCAAAGCGUUUCCCGCAAUGUUUGCAGCGUUCAAUGUAUUCUACUGGUGGUAUUAUCUGUCAAGAGAGCGCAAUUAG